ACCUGACAAGUGCACCCCGCCCGUAGAUAGCCUCUUUUAAACACGACAGGAAAAUGGGGAACUGUGCGGAAAACCACACAUGUCGCCUGCUAGAUUAUCAACCUAAAUAGCCAUACCAAUUUAGAAAGUUCAAAUUUAGCGAGCGUACUGCAACACAACUAAACACCCAAAACGUUCGUCAGACAACUACGUUAGCUUGUCAAAACGAAGUAAUGUUUGACCACCAAGCUAGUCAGCUAACUAGUGCUCUUGAAAGGAAGUUGGGACUAUGCUAGCUAGCUAGGUAGCUACGUAAUGUUAGCGAAGUAAAAUGGUAUGAUUUGCCUUUACAGCUAGUUAACUCACCUGGUUUGGCCGGUUUUGGAGGAGGCUUUGACAUCUCUGGUUGUUUCGUUCUAUAUUAUUACAAAAGGACUGUUUUAAGUAUUUAAAAUGUACGAGAAACGCAUUCACCCAGAGCAACUCUCAAUGAGGAAGUGCAGAAAAUGUAGAACUGCAGCGCGAUGCGGAAAAGUUGCACGACGCAUGCCUGUCUCAACAACACUGUACGCAGUGAGACCGCUCCCCCUGAAGUCCAUAAUGUACUAAGCGACUGCAUGAGUUAACGCAAACAACGUAGCGAGCAAGAUACCUGGCCGGAGUUAAAAUGGAUCCGUUUUACAUUACUUCGCCGCCAGAGAUAAUGAAAGACUUCAGGCGCGUGCAAAAAUCUGACUGGAUUCCAGAGGUUUUGCAUUCUGGCAAAUAUGAAAAGCAAAGCUGCCGAUUUUCCUGCGGGUCGUACAUUAUCUUCAUAUAAUGUAUCUUGGUGUACAUACUUUGGAAGCCAUAAAGCCAUACUAAUAAAUUAUCCUACUGAGUAUUCCUUACUCUUCAUAUUUGUGAAAGUGAUGCUGGCUGGCCGCUUGAAGCAGACGUACACACGUGACGUAAUAGGCCGUGUGACCGUCGCCUUGGUGUUCGCUUAUCUGUCCCAUUGAUUAAAAUACGCUGUCCCCCGACGCCCGGCUACCAGUAAUAAGUAACAUUAGGCUACAAACACUCAUUGGGACCACAGGCGAGUUUAUCUGAAUCUAAACAUUCGCAGUGUGUUUUUAUGCUUCAGAUAUGGAGUCCACGGCAGUCAUGAAGCGACUAAUCAUCGGAAUUGGGGGAAUCACUAACGGGGGUAAAAGCACACUGGCGAAGAGUCUUCAUGAGCACAUUCCCAACAGCUGCAUAGUCGCCCAGGAUGCGUUCUUCAAGGACGACUCAUUGGUGGCUGUUGACAGCAAUGGAUUCAAGCAGUACGACGACCUGGAUGCACUCCGCAUGGACCGGAUGAUGAGCGAGAUCCGGGCAUGGCAGAGGAAUCCUGAAUCCUUCUUUGCCUCUCGGGGACUGAAACCUCAAUUUCACAAAAUUCCUGAAGCCCAAGAUGAGGUUCAUGUUCUUAUAAUUGAGGGCUUUCUGAUCUUCAACUACAGGCCCUUGAAUGAAUUAAUGAAUAAAAGGUACUUCUUGACCAUUCCGUAUGAUGUCUGCAAAAAGAGACGAUGUUUGAGGGUAUACACACCUCCUGAUCCUCCUGGGUACUUUGAUGGAUACGUGUGGCCAAUGUUCCUGAAAAACCAAAAGGAAAUGGAGGAAAUUGUUACUGAUCUGGUGUAUCUGGAUGGAAUGAGAGUGAGGGAGGACCUGUUCUCCGCUGUUUAUGAGGAAGUAACGCUGGAGAUUCAGAGGCGGUUAGAUACCAACUGCUGACACCGGUCUGUUGUACGUAGCACUUCAUCACCUCUUCAUACAGAGUGAAUAAAACACUAUAAUACAUCAGCCAUAUACACACUUGUUAAUGAAAUAAAAACACAGUCCUAGUGUGUCUUCUGUACGUCUGUUUUUACAGACAUUUGGUGUUGAAUAUGACUUUUAACUGUAUUUUGAUUUAGCAAAAUGAGCUAAGCUACAACAUGUUAUAGUAAUGUUGCUACUUGUGUUACAAAAGUGUAAAACAUGGAGAGUGUUGAACAUUUUGUAAUGGAAGACCCAUAAAUCAUCUGCAAUACUACAAGCAAAUGUAAGGUGGCCUCACAACUGUUCAAUAUGCCGCGUUUUUCUCUUCUUCUUUUUUUUUAUUUUUUACACCAUUUCAGUAUUGUAUACAAAUUCAGAACUUAUAACCUUGAAACACAUGUAUGGAAUUGAAUGUAAGGCGGGGAUUGUGAGAGUGAGUUUUUAAGAGUGACAAGUAUGUUAUUGAAAUAUGUGUUUUAACAAAUGUUGUCUCAUCUCUUAUUGCACCAGUUCUGUGUAGGCUGCCCAAACCCAGGAUUAUUGUUUGAUAGUUCUCCAUCUCUAUAAGAGUAAACAAGGGAAUGUGAAACUUGCAUGCCAAUCUGACAGUAUUUGUCAAGACAAAAAGCCCAAAUCCUAUUAAUGCCAAGUGGCCAAAAUAGAGCAAGAAAACCUUGAGUAGCCUACAUGAUUCUCACUUUCUUCCUCAAACGCUAAAAAUAAAUAUAUUUUUGAGUCUAUUUUUGUGUCAGAAAAUCUCAUCGCUAAGGAAACUCAUUUGUGUAUUUCUGCUCAGAGGGGAGACCGUCUUACUGUUGUGAGCUGAGAGUUUGAAGGUUCUAUCUGAGUAGAUAGUGAGCUUUGAAGAUUCCAAAGUGAAUGGGCUCCAAGCAAAUAUGACUUUUAAAUGUUUAUUAAAUACUUUUAUUAAAAACAGUAUGUAAUGUAUGAAACGUCACAUGUAUUUAGUGCCCUAUGAAAACCAUUUAUGACACUAACCCA